AUGACGAAAAAACAGGCAGCUAAAGACAAAAACCGCGUCAUCUUGCCGAAGGAGAGUCUGGAGAAGUUGGUGCACUUUAACUCGUGCGCAGUCGUCAGUAAUAGUCACGCCCUGAGGUUUUACACGUACGGACAGGAGAUAGAUAGUCACGAUGCCGUGCUGAGAUUCAACUGUGCUCCCACUCAUAACUUUGAAAACUUCGUCGGAAACCGGACAGACAUUCGGAUGAUCAACACACUGAUUCCUUACCGUAUGUGCCGGGAGGAGUUCUGGAGUAAAAAUAGCAGCAUAUUCAAACACGGAAUACUGGUCAUUCGAAACAUGGACGGAAUCGAAUCAGGACGACAAGAUUUCGGGCUAGACAUCAGGAAGGAGUUGGUACGUUUCUGUGACACUUUUAAAGUGUGCGAGAAGACAAAGAAGAGCCCAAGUACAGGACUAUUUGGUAUCGUCAUGAUGCUGCACCUCUGUGACUGGGUCCGAGUCUACGAGCUCGUCCCUUCCAACAAGGACAACACAAACCUCGUCUAUUACUACGACGAGACAGAAGUUCGGUCGCCCAACGACCUACACUCUUACGACCUAGAGCGAACUUACGUCAAAGCAUUGACACUGACUCCCGAUAAAGAUAUAGAAGAUACAGGCGUGGUGCUGCUCAAGGGUCUGUCACAGAUUCACUGUGACUGA